UUUUAACCAUGCAUGAAACAGAUAUUGCAGUACUGCUCGACCCUCCAUGUGGACGAGGUUGCCGCACGCCAUGUCGUCCGUGUCGUCACGUCAGCAUAUACCAUAUAUAGAGGGCGCUGCAAAUCAAGAAGCAAGAUCUUGUUUCAGUGAGCUCAACUUAUAAUAUUAGCAGUCUCCUUUUCCCUUGAAAGACACAAUUCGGGAUACAGUGUAUAAACAUCUAAGGGUUAAUGGUAUAGUCCAGGUGUUGCUUGAGACAAACGUGAUGGAGAAGUUAGCAAGUGACAUCUUGCUAGAAAGCAUUCAAAGGCGUUGUCUGUCCGUGAGCUUAGGAACAAAAUUGACCGUGUCUGAACUUUGUAGAAAAAUAAAUCAGACAGACCAACAGCAUGACCAAACUGGACCCUUUGUUGGUGAUCUGUGUGGAAAAGCUUUCCCAACUGAGGCUAAGAGGACAGUCCAUCAGCAAAUCCACACUGGAGAGAAGCCAUUUGUUUGUGAUUUUUGUGGGAAAUCCUUCUCACGCAAUAGUAAUCUAACACAACAUCAUCUGGUCCACACUAAUAAGAAACCUUUUGUUUGUGACAUUUGUGGAAGAUUCUUCUCACAAAAAUGUAACCUGACCACCCAUCAGCUGAUUCACACUGGCGAGAAACCUUUUGUUUGUGACAUUUGUGGAAAAUCCUUCCCACAAAAAAUUCGCCUGUCAUACCAUAAGCUAGUUCACACUGGAGAGAAAUUUUUUUGCGAUAUUUGUGGAAAAUCCUUCUUUAAAAAAUGUAACCUGACACGCCAUCAGCUGGUCCACACUGGCGAGAACGAGAAUCCUUUUGUUUGUGAUGUUUGUGGAAAAUCCUUCUCGCGUAAAUGUUACCUGACCAGCCAUCACGUGGUCCACACUAGCGAGAAACCUUUUGUUUGCGUCAUUUGUGGAAAAUCCUUCUCACGAAAAAGUAACCUGACAUACCAUAAGCUGGUUCACACUGGAGAGAAGCCAUUUGUGUGCGACAUUUGUGGAAAAUCCUUCGCACGAAAAAGUCACCUUACAUGCCAUAAGCUGCUGCACACUGGAGAGCAGCCAUUUGUUUGCGAUAUUUGUGGACAAUCUUUCUCACAUGAAAGUAACCUGACAUGCCAUAAGCUGGUCCACACUGGAGAGAAGCCAUUUUUUUGCGAUAAAUGUGGAAAAUCCUUCUCACGACAAAGUAACAUGACACGCCAUAAGCUGGUUCACACUGGAGAGAAGCCAUUUGUGUGCGACAUUUGUGGAAAAUCCUUCCCACGAAAAAGUCACCUGACAUGCCAUAAGCUGCUUCACUCUGGAGAGCAGCCAUUUGUUUGCGAUAUUUGUGGAAAAUCCUUCUCAAUUAAACGUAACCUAACACGCCAUCAGCUGGUCCAUACAGGAGAGAAGCCAUAUGUUUGUGAUAUUUGUGGAAAAUCCUUAGCAAAUAAAUAUAAUCUAACACGCCAUCAGCUGGUCCACACACAUUGAGAUAUUUAAGCCAUUCGUUUGUGACUUUUGUUGGAAAAGCCUUUACGAGUUGAGUAAAAGUUAUUCGACAAUCCAUCAGCGUAUCCACAGAUUGUGAACUAUCUGAUUGUGAGGUGUGAAGAGAAUUCUUCUCAUUUAGAAAUCACAUGAUCACUUAUAGCACGUCAGCACUUUAAAGAAAGAGUUUGAGUUUGCCAACACCAUCACCAAGUCCACUCUCAGAAAAAAUCAUGUGGAUAUCGCUUGGUGGAAACGACUUGUCAAAUGAAAAUAACUUCUUUCAUCAGCUUUCUGGUGUUUUGAAAACCAAUAUUUAUCAUUGAUGUAGCACAUGGGGGACAUAAAGAUCCACUAGUUAUUAAUUUAAAGCCUGCCUGAAAAUCCGACGCCACAAUUCACGUAUAACAUUCCCCUAUUACUCU